AAUCAAGUAGCAUUCCUAUCCCAAUCCAAUCCAAUCCACACUCACCCCCCUCCCAAAAAAAAAAAAACGUAAACUCAGCUUCAAUAUUUCAUUACAGAAAGCAUUCAUGGGGGAAGGAAAGCAAGGUGUUUUGGUGGUGGGUCAGCAGAACCCGGUGACGCAGCUGCAGACGAAAUACAAAGAAUUUGAGACCCUUUUCAAGACUUGGCUUGCCAAACAGUCUUUACCCGUGGAGGCUGCCGUCGUCACCGCCACCAGCGCCCUCCAAGGUGCCGCUAUCGGUGGGUUUAUGGGUACUCUUACCAACGAUGUCUCAUCCGCUUUUACGCCUCCAACACCCCCAAACGCCUCCCUUAGUCCUCAGGCUAGAGCCUCCCUUCAGCAAGCCCAGGCUCUUUCAGGCGGGCCCUUGAUACAGGCUCGUAAUUUUGCUGUUAUGACGGGUGUUAAUGCUGGCAUAUCUUGUGUCAUGAGAAGAUUAAGAGGCAAAGAGGACGUCCAGACCAGUAUGGUGGCAGCUUUCGGUUCUGGAGUCAUGUUCUCAUUGGUUAGUGGUAUGGGGGGUCCUAAUCAGGCUGCAAAUGUGAUCUCAUCUGGUGUUUUCUUUGCACUCAUGCAGGGUGGACUUUAUAAGGUAGGGGAGAAAUUCUCACAACCCAAAGUGGAAGACGUAUUGUAUGAUAAAACGAGAGGCAUGUUAACUAAUCUUGGUCUUGGGCAUUAUGAGAAGAACUUCAAAAAGGGCUUGCUAACGGACAACACUUUGUCAUUGCUUACCGAUAGUGCACUGCAAGAUGUGAAAAUCCCUCCUGGACCAAGACUGCUUAUUCUUGAUCACAUCCAAAGGGAGAAGGAGGUGAAGAAAGGAGGUAGGAGGACAUAAGUUGUUGAGGGAGAAAGAAGACUGAAGGGUUUGUUGAUGGUGAAGAUGUCUGUACUUGCAGGCUUAAAAGCUAUGGGAUUUUGCAUGUAAUCAUGUAUGUAGUCAAAUGAAAUGUAGCAGACUGCAUUUUUUUUCCUUCUAAAUCUCAACUAAUUUUCAUUUGGAACAUCAAUGGGUACUGAAUUUUGGUGUUUAAUGGUAAUUGCCAUAAAAUUAGUUAUUUUUAA